UUAAAUAUUUACUGUUAUUCAAGCGCAUUUUGUAGUAAAAGUAUAUAAAUUAAUAUAUGUAAUCAGAAAAUUAGGUUACAAAUCUCAAUUUUCUAUAGUGACAAUAUUCAUAUGUUUCAAGAUGAAUAUAAACACGAUUGAAGAUCUUAAUAAAGUUGCGGCAAACAUUGAAAAAAACAUAGAAUAUCCGGAAAAAACUUAUUUGAUACAAAUUGUUAAUGGGUUCCUAAAAUUACCGACAUUUUUGGAUCAUGAUGAACCUGGUAUAUACUCUUCAACGGUAAAAUGGUUUCAGUUAUAUAUGAACUUGCAGUCCUCCAUUGAUUUAAAAAACGACAAAAAGUUAAUUCGACAAUUUCAGAAGUCAAUCUCUGCUGCAAUUACCUAUUUAAUAGGAUGCCUGCAGUAUAAGAAAAACGAUGAACCAGACUAUCAUUACAAUUUAUUAGAUAUUUUAGCAACGCUCCUGAAUAAUUCCCAGCCAGAAUUAAUAAAGCAGAAGAUAUCGAAUUUUGGCAAUGGGACCAUAUCAUGCUUAUGGAAACCAAUUAAUUUUGUUGACGACUUCAAUACACAAUUACUAGCUCUAAAAAUGUAUGCCAAUAUUUUAAAAAUGUUGGACAGCGAAAAGCAAAAUGAAGAGUUGAAGGCCAUUAAGUGGACCAAUUUAAAACUAUUUAACGAUCAAAUGAGAAAAGUGAUAGGAAAAACCCACAAUGUAUACGCUUUUGAGAAUGCUUGUCGAGAUCUUUUGAAUAAUUUCAACAUGAAUUUAUCGAACAAGUGCCUGAUUUACUCGUUCUAUUGUAACACGGCGAAAAUUGGAGAAAGUGUGGAGUUCUUUAAACCACAAUUCUUUGACAAGUUUUGGAUUGACAUGAACUUAAGUCGUUGUAUUCUAUCAUUUAGAUGUCGCUAUAAGCUUAGUGAGGAAUCUCUUAAGUUAAAAGAUUUUAAUGCUACUUUAACAUGGAAAAAUAUUAAAAUGACAGACAAUAUUUUAUAUUUUAUCAUUGAUUACAAAAACAAAAUUUGCAAUUUACCAGAUAAUAUUUCAUCAAAAUUAACAAAUGUCGAUACUAUGGAUUUUUUCUUACCCGACGUUGAAGUCAGGCGUAUAAUGGAUAAUGAUCGAUUUAAUGAAAUUUUAAAAAGAAAUCAGAACGAAGACAUUGUUAAGGAUUGGACAGCGCAUCCUUACCUACUGAAAAGAUCCCCAACGACUCCUUUAGGAUCGAAAAAUAGUAACACAAGGACUAAACAACAAAACUCAUUGAAAUCUGGUGCGAAACGGAAAUUUUUCAACUAUGGGGAAAACGAAGAAAAUGUUAAAUUUAAAAAGCUAAACAAAACGGAAGCAAAGAAGAGAACUUAUUUACAAAGAUCAGGGGUGCGUAAGCCUUCAAAUGGCAAAAAAGCUGUCUGUAAAGUUGUUCCAAUAGUGGAUUUAACAAAUUCACCCAGAGAGUUAUAUGAUAGAAAGCAAGAAAGUUUGGAGCCCAAUAAACAUCUGACACAUAUACUAGACGUAGAACCUAAAAGCGAUGAACAUACAAAAGCAAUAAAUAACAAACAAAUUAACGCAAUUCUUAAUAGAGUGGAAUCAAUUUGCUAUAACAAGGCGCUUGUUUAUGAACAUUUACAGAGCGAAGCAGUUGCACAACCAGGUCAAUCAUAUCGUAACUACAAGUCAAACCAUCACUUAAGUUCUGCAAAGCCAACACAAACAAAAAUAAUAAUGAAAAACCAAACUAAACUAUUGCCGACGGUACAACAUUGUAAUGGAACUGUUUUAAAGCAAGAGAAAAACGAAGAAAAAAAUCAAAUAUUGGAAAUCAAUACAAAGAAACGUAAAAUUUGUUCUCAAGAUCUUUUCGAUGAUUUGAAAAGUAACGAGAAUUGCAAAUCAAUUAAAACAAGAAUAGAAAAUUUGGCGGAACCAUUGGAUUUCAUUGCAGUCUCUCCUUCGCCUAGAAAAAGACAUCCACAAAUUCAAGGCGAUUGUGAAGAAACUGUUCCAAACAAUUCCCCAACAACUUACAAAACUCCACUAAAUUCUCCAGAUCCUUCGAUGCCGACAACUCCCAUGUCUACUAAUAAAAUGUAUGUUUCGGAUAUAAAUAAUACUCCAACACCGACACACACAAAAACUGGAAAGAACCAUUUUUUAUUGAAAGGACUCCGAACUGAAAAUGAGAUUCAGUUCGGAGUCUCAAAAUGUUCUCCAAAAAAGCAUGAAAAUCAUAACAUAGAUGGCUGUGUUAUAUACAACAAUCGUUUAAGUGAUGCAAGUGAUAGCGAAGAUGAUGGCGAAAACUGCAAGCAACAGAUCACCUCUGCUCAAUGCUUAAGAAAUCCAGCUCAAAGUGACGAACAUUUUUUUGAAAAACCUGGUAUGGAAAAUAGUACCAAAUUGGGUCAUGAAGAGCAGGCAUUAAAAUCGGAUGUAUUGAUGAGUCAUGUGUAUCAUCAAGAACCAUUAAUAGAAACUAUUUCCAACCACGAAAAGGCCAUUCAAAACCAUCAAAUAAUCCCGUAUGGACAAUGCGAAACAAAGCGGAGUGAGACCAUGAAUACUAUAAUAUCAUCAACGAAGGAUGUUACAACAAUAAACUAUGUUUCGGUAAUCGCCUGCUCAAAAGUGCUAAUAAUGAAACAUAAUCACAAAGAUAUGAACGUAAUCCCAAGAUCCAUAAUGAGAAAUAACGAUUUGAAUGAGACCAAUAAUGAGUCUGAGUCAGUUUCAUUCAAAGCAACCGCUAAAAAUAAAAACAAAAUUGAAGAUAUUAAAAAAGUUCUACGAAUACCUUUUGAAAUUAAUCCAAAUGGCAAUAACCUAGUCGAAGAUCACAUAGAAGAUUCAUUUGAAACGGUAAACGCUGAAUGUAAUGGUUAUCAAAUUUGGCAAGGAAAUGAACUACUCUCUAAUAAUUUUUCUAACAUAGUGGCUGAAUAUAGUGACAAAAUUAACCAGAUUAUUGACGACUUACGGGACAAAUGUUUUACAACUUACUUGGAUGAUGUUAAAACACAAGUUUCUGGCAUAAGUGAAAAUAUUUUGAACAAAGCCGAAGAAAAUCGUAAAGAUCUUGAACACAUACAAUGCAAUAUGGAAAAGCUAAUGCUGGAAAUCGAAAAUCAAUAUCAUAUGUAUGUAAAGAAAAAUGAAGACUUUAAAAGAUAUCGUGAAAUACUGGAAAAAAGUUUGAAUAACUUGGCAAAUCUAAAUAAAGGAAUUAACAUUAAUAUGGAAUAUAACGAUUUCAAAGAAAAGUUUUAUAUUUUGGAAAAUUCGCUACGCCAAAAUGUCUGGAAAAAUCAUGUGAACAAAGUAAAGCAAGAGAUGUUACAAAAAUUUGAUAAACUUUCGGAAAUAUAAAAUGUAACAAUCAAUCACAUCUAUAUUUCUUGCCGUUGGUCCUAAAGAAGACUUACCUUUUUUCUCGUUUUCAAUGAUUUUUUAUAGCGGCUCCCCAUCACCUAUUAAACACCAUAGAGUUUGUUUACAGAAUUUACAACUAUGUAAGUGUGCAAUAUGUCCACUGCUGUCUGUCCAAUAGAUAUGGACACUAAGGGCGAUGGCUUACAACCUGUGAGGUUGAUGUUUAUUUUACAUAUAUAUGAGAGAUAUGUCCAAAUCUGAAGCGAUAUCUUCUAGUUUUAAUAGGCUUCGUUUCUAGGCAAAAAAAAUGUUUAUGCUAAAUUUGAAGAUGAUUGGACGAAAAUUGCGAUCUGUAAUUUAAAUUGAGAAAAGUUUCUCAGCCGACCUGUACACUAAUCAAUGGGUCUAUACCACAGUAUUGGGGUAGGGUAUAAAAAGGGAAGUUUUGAAGGAUUAGUGAUGCCUCCGUCAAUUUGUUUAAAAGCGCAUUCGCUGUUUACUUAAUAUGAGAUUUCUUUUUGUUCUUCUUUUCAUUUUGUAUAUUAAUGACAUUUCAGAGUUUCUUGAUUCUAGCUUUUGUAAUAUUUUUUAUUUGCCGAUGAUGCGUUUCUUCUUUUUAGUGCAGAUUGGGAUAACUGCCGGGAAUUGGAGGAUAGAAUUAAUUUGACAUUUGAUCAGACUUUGUGGGGUCAACUCGCAAAUCUCUUUUUGUAUAUCAAUCUUAAACGAAAGUAAUUUCUUUUGGUUCACAUGAACCUGUUUUGAACAUAAGUUUGGGGAAGACGAAUGUGUAAUUUAUAGAGCAGCAUAAGUGUUUGGGUAUUCUUUUAGAUAGACCUCACAUUGAUUCCACUCAUUCUAAAAUUUACUUCACUUUACAAAGGAUACAUUCGGUUUUCGUUUCUUGCCGCCCUGCUGGCUAGCUAGCUUUCCCAGAUAGACUUUCUCAUGCGGUUUUAAUGCCCCAAAUUUUGCAUGGGUUGAAGAUUGUGUUUGGCACUGUUGAUUAUAAUUUUCUCAAGCUUAAACGAAUUUUAAUACUAUUGUUCGUUUUGUUUACAAUGUUCGUAUAUGGAAGCACUUAUCAGAGUUUGUUGUAGGUUUCUUAGGAACAACCUUUGACAGUUUUGUGGAUUGCAGAAUUCUAUUUUUCUUUUAUAAAAUUGUUAGGAGUAGUGUGCCACUUCCCCUUUGUAGCAUUUAAAAUUUUUCACGUUCGAGUAGAAACCCGCAGCUCAAUAUACAAAGAAUUUGUAGAACCAUAUUCGGAAGUUCUUUUAUUGUUCGUGUUGCUAUAUGCUGAAAUGUUUUGCAGGUUUAACUGCGAAUUUUUCCCAUUCCCAUUUGUUCGAUUAAAAUUUCUUAAACAUUUUGUGGCUUUGGAAUCGGCAUUGUGGGUAUCUUUUUUUGUUUUUUCAUCAUGUAUUUAAUUUCAUGUAGACCGAUAGGGACAGCAAACGACGCCAUAUUUUUUUGCCGCUCUUUUGAAAUUUUUCUUCAAGCAGGGUUUGCCAUUUCAUGAUGGAUGUGUAUGUAUGCAUCGUAUUUUCGUGAAUUGGGCUGAGCAACAACUUAGGAUUCGGAUUUCCAUCGAAAAAUUAUCAGCGAUGAGGAUAAUUUCUGGCUGAAUGGCUUCGGUAAUAAGCAAAAUAUGCGUUAUUGGUCAGACAGCAAUCCGCACGUACUCCAUGAGUCAUCAUUAGCUGUGUUCGAGAACUCCAAAAUUUGUGCAAAAUCUUGAAAAAUUUUUUGCCAACAGAAGAGAGCGCAAGAGAGAGCAAAUUUUGACAGUUAGAAAAUAGAGAACCUGCAAAUUUCUACUGGGACUUUUUAGCCAGCAGAAAUUUGCAACUUUGAACAGAUGUUUUUUAAAGAUCAGCUGUUUUAUGAAAAUCAGCCGUUACAUGAAAAUAGAAAAGAAAAAAAUAACGGCAAAAAGGAUCAAAAAGGCAGAGCUAGUGUUCAGGUACAGAAAACUCGACAAAUGUAAUUUUACCUCAAUUCGGUUGUUCUACAUUAGAAGACACCAAGAGAAGAGAAAUUGUCGGUUUCUUAAGUGUUAUGAUGGAAUCAUCCUCAUCGGAGACCUACGAUGGAACCAAUACCGUUUCUUUGAUUUUGUUAAGGAGGGAAGAUGCUGCCAUGGGAUUGAGUGGGUCUAGCUGGGCAUUUAAAUUAGUGACGCAAAGUGGUAUUAGAAAAAUGUAGUGCAAAUUUGUCUGCCAAUUGUGAACUGAUACAGAUAUCAUCAAUGAUAACAAAGUGUCCGGGGCCGCCACAUGACCAAAUAGAAAGCUCCCUUAGCCUCACAUCAGUGGUCGUAACAUUUUAUCUAGCCACAAUAUCCAUAAGCAUUCGAUGGUUAGUCCUAGGUAUCUUUGUGAGCAAAACAAGUGUACUUUUGCGGUACGGCGAUGGCAUGUAAAGCAGUUGUAGUCCUAUGCAGGCUUCGAAAUGCAUGCUGAUUCUUGGCGAAUGGAAAUUGUCCAACGAGAGGAGCGAGAGGAGUAGUCCCUCAUGCGUCUUGGGUACCGAUGAGAGAAUGGAGGUCGGUCUGUACGGUUCCCCCUUGCUCAUGUUUCAGAAGCGGUAUCAGACUGCCCACCUUCCUAACAUCGGGUACUAUAAUAAAUAUACAAAUGGCUCCCCUUCUAGCCUUUUUACUCUCGGGUCAAUAAAUUGACGUUUAUCUAAGGAAAAUACCUCGCAAUUAUCGCCAACAUUUUUUAUAUAAAAAAAAAUUGUUUUCCAAACAAGCAAAUAAAAACAAACCAAAACAAAAAUCAUCUGUUUUCUGCAAAUUUUCACUAGAACUCAUUCGCGUACUUUUGCUUGCAAAUUUUUUAAAGAGAGUAAAAUGGCUCUUACUCUAAUGCAAAUGUUUACUGGAAAAGUACGCGAACAGACCUAUUGUAUCCCGAAAAAUACGGUUUGGUGCGGUUUAUGGGAGUCAUUGGACCGUACUUCUUCUUAAUGAUCAAGACUGGCACAUUACUGUGAAAGAGAAUCGCUACCCUUCAAUGAAAACAGAAUAUUUUGGCCCCAAUUGGAUGAUAUGGACUUGCAGGAUAUGUGGUUCCAACAGGACGGCGCCAAACAGCGAAUUUCACAAUCAAUUUAAUGGAAACCAAGUUUGGAGAACGUGUUAUCUAACGAAAUGGUCCAGUCUAGUCUAUUCAUUAGACUAUUUCCUGUGGGGCUGCAUCAAGUCUAUGGUCUAUGUCAAGAAGUCAGCGACGAUUGAAUAUCAAACGCGUACGAAUAUAUAACGCGAAAUAGCAGCAGUAUCGGCAGAGGCAGAUACUACAAAACAAAUAAAUAAAAAAAAAAACGCCGGGAGCGCGCCUUGUACCUGCUACCGCCAUAUCGUGCAUUAAGACAUUUUCUAUCACUCAAUGUAAACUCAUAUAAGAAGAAGACUAAAUAAAACAUUUAAUACUACAACUACUACAGUAUCGGCCGAUUUAUGCUUGAAAACUGUCGAAAAUUGUGUUCAGCGUCUGGACUUCUGCAAGCUUGCACGUGGUGGACAUGCAAAAGAAAUCGAGUUCCAUAAAUAAUGGCAUCGAACGUACUUUCACAGAAAUAAUAAAUGACAUUGAUAUCCACAACGGGUUUUGUUUUAUUUAAAAGAAAACUUUUGUAGCGCUCUUAUUGAAAACCCCGAUAUUUGUAGCUGGGGAGCCAAUAAAUAAAUUACAGUUUUAA